AUAUUAUAGAUAAAAUAAUCAGUAUUUCCGAAUUACCUCUUACCAAUGAAGAACUCAUGAUAAUUGGGUUCGAUAGUGUAGAUAAAAUUAAACCAAAUAAUAAAAUUAAUUUUUGUACGCCAAAUUUUAUUAGUAUAAGUCAAUCAGAUGCAGAAGAAUGGCAUAUAUGUAUACAAGAUGUUAAAUUAAGGAAUAGGAUGCUUCCCUCGUCAAUACAACCAAUAGUAGUAUAUUAUGACUAUAAUGCUUUUCUAAUUGCCUAUAUAGAUAAUAAUAAUUUUGAAACUUCAAAAAGUUCUGUUAAACCAUAUGAUCAUUUCGCAACUUUGUCCGAGUUUAUAAAGGCACGAAAGCAUGAGCAAACAAAAAGAAUCAAUAAUCAUGGCCCUGCAGAGUUAAUAAAAAAACUGGUUUUACAAAUAUUUUUUAUUUCCCUUCUAUAUAUUUCAAGAUUUCUCAAUUCUGUCUCAAUAAUUGGAAAGUAUUCUGCAUUCUAUAGAAAUCUUAAAGAGUGUAUAAAUGGAAUUGUUGAAAUUCAUGAAAACGGUGCAAAAUUGCAACAGCGUAGUCUUCUUAUAACAAUUCUGGCUGAUAUAGCCGUGGGAUGUUUUGUUUUGUGGAAAAUUAAAGAUAUUUACCAGCCUGUUGAGCCAUUGCUUGAUGGUGCUGAGUAUAUCGUAAUGUACCUUCGUGAAUUACUUAGUUCAUUAAUGGGGUCUCCUGUUGGUCUAAAAUUGAAUAAAGCAUUCAAUACAAUGCUUGGAAAGUGCUUUUUAUAUCAUAUUGAGCUCUGGUGGAUAUUUCUAGUUCAAUUGUCUCCAUGGAUUUGUCAUAGUUUUAAUGUUCUAUUUUGUUUAGGAACAUUAGGAAUUUCUUAUCAAUCAGCAAUGAUCUGUGAUAUUAUUUCAUUAACUACGUUUCAUGUUCAUUGCAUAUAUGUAUAUGCUGCCAAGCUUUAUAAUAUUCAAGUUAAAGGAUUAAAAGCACUAUGGAGAUUAUUUCUUGGUAGAAAAUAUAAUCCAUUAAGAGACAGGGUGGAUUCAUGUUCGUAUAGCAAUAGGCAAUUAUUUAUUGGUACAUUAGGAUUCACUAUAUUUCUCUUCUUGCUUCCAACAACAACCUUAUAUUACAUAGUUUUUACAGUGUUAAGAAUAAUUAUGCUAGUCAUUAUGGAAGUACUGGAUUGGAUUAGAGAACUAUUGCACUCUAUGCCCAUAUACACGUCUUUAUUAUGGUUGUUUGGUUCAGUCGCAGUACCAAGUACAGCUCAUUUAGAAUCAAAGUUAUCUAAUAAUAUUAUACAUGCCACUGCAUAUCCAUUAUCACCAUUGCAACACAAUAGAUUUAUACCACCGAUUAUAAAGCACAGCCAUCGCAUGCAAUGGUCUGGUAUUUUAGGAAAAAUUAUUAAUGGAGAAUUGUUAACACAAUUUUAA